AUGGGUGAGUCCUGGGGUGAUACUGAGAGGAAGUUGAGGGAUAUCCUGACUGACUCAGCAAUAUCAGGAGCCAGGAAGAAUGCUUAUGCCUGGAGCACCUUGGCCCUGGCAGUGCGCUUUGCAGAGAGGCAGAGGCAGGAAGACAAAGUAAAGGUAAUAAAGCUCCAGAGGCAGCUUGAGGAGCAGAAGCUGCUCAAUGACGCCUUGGUCGGGAUGGUGAAUAGACUCAGGGAUACACAAGAAAGCGAGAGGGGCAAAACUCAGUCACAACUUCAACAAAAUCUCACAGUCCUUCGUGGGGUACAGGCAGAACGAGAUGCGAUGAGGAACGUGCUUCUUCAGGUGGUAGGUGCUCAGUCUGAGAAGCAGAAAGGGGCUGAGGAAGAGGACAAGAAAAAAAAGACAGAGACAGGUAUGCUUACUUUUGGUCAGGCUGCGGCAGGUUAUGGGGGGGCAAGCAACGAGGCACUGAGGGGACUAGGCCAAGAGAUUGCUGCUAUCCCUACGGCGGCUGUUGCUCCAGGGACUGCUGCUGUAAGGAGAGAGGCAAAGGAAGAGAAAGGGAUUUCUGUCUGUGAGAACAACAGCCAUGUAGCGAUUUCUCCUUCCUCUGGGUCCUUGGGGGCCCAGUCCCUGGCUAGUCAACUGCAACCCCUGGAUCUCUCAGUAUCCUCUCACUCAUUCCCACCUACUGUGUCUCCCCCAGGAGCAGCAGCAAGAGCUGCAGCAGGUCUCACUCUGAAAAAUUUCAGAACUAGAAGGACGCGUAAGCGUUAUGGUACCAGUAAGUUCUUGCCAGGAAGACCUAAGAGACAGCCUGGCCUCUAUCACUCUGCAAGCCGUAAGGUUAGGCACAGAGCUGGAGACUGGGACUGUGACCUGUGUCAUUCGAUGAAUUUCUCACGGCGAAAUAAGUGUUUUAAAUGUAACAAACCCCGGCUCCCAAGGGGAAGUGAAGGCUCUGCCCCCAAUUAG